AAAUAAUGUCUGGUACUCUACUAAUAAAGCCAUUAAGUGCAAAAUUAACUCGUGAUACUGAAACAUUUGGAAAGAUGGAUCCAUAUUGUUUAAUAAGAUUAGGAGGACAAAUAUAAAGAACUAGAUCACAUACUGAUGCUGGGAAAAGUCCAUCAUGGAAUGAUUCUCUUUCAUUUCGUAGAACUGGAGAAUUGAUAGCUGAUAUAGAAGUUUGGGAUAAAGAUGAAAUUAGCAAAGAUGAUUUGAUAGGUUAAGGAUCAUUGGCUUUAUAACCAUAUCUGAUUCAAAAAAGUGUAACAGAUUGGGUAAAGCUGACUUAUAAAGUAUAUUAAGUUAACUACAUAGGGUAAAUCAGCAGGAUAAAUUUUAUUAGAAAUUUAGUUCUUUCCUGAUGCUGGUUGUCAACCUCCAAUUAUGCCUGGUUAUUAACAACCAUAUUAUCCACCAAAUCAACCUUAUCAAUAAUAAUAAUUUUAUCCUCCGUAACCAAACUACCCACCUUAAUAACCUGGUUAUCCUUAUUAAGGAUAUCCAUAAUAAUCAUAUCCACCUUAGCCAGGAUAUCCAUAAUAAUAAUAAGGAUAUCCGCCUCAACCUGGUUAUCCCCCUUAAGGAUAUCCUACAUAACCUGGAUAUCCACCUUAAGGCUAUCCACCUUAAUAACCUGGAUAUCCAACCUAAGGGUAUCCUCCUUAAUAACCUGGAUAUCCACCUUAAUAACCUGGAUAUCCACCUUAAUAACCUGGAUAUCCUCCUUAAUAACCUGGAUAUCCACCUUAACCAGGAUAUCCUUAAUACCCAGGCUAUCCUCAGUAAGGAUAUUAAAAACCUUUUUGAAAG